UUCCGGUUUAGUCUUUUUGCUAAUUUAAAAUUAACUUGAUGACUUCCGCCGGGUCGGUUUGAUCAGGACUGACGCUGCUUCCAUCUGUGAAUCACCUGCUGACUGAGUGCUUCAUCAUGGAGGUCCAAAGAGGCAGCCUGGGCUCAGCUAGGAUGGCGGCCCUGGCUGCAGGGCUGUCUGUUGGGGCCACCAUCGGCUACGUUGUCUAUUGCCACAUCAGCAGCAGCAGGCAGGAGCCUGAAAAGGAGGAGUCUGAAAUGAUUCUUCCUCUAGAGGUCUACAGACACAUUUCUAAAAGCCAGGCUACAUUUUUGGACGUGGUGAGCCAGAGAUCUGGAGCUUGUGUGAGGGUUUUGUCAGAUUUGGAGAAGCCUGGCCAUAAGGCAGUGGUGUGCUUUCAGCUGCAAGGCUCCAAGGAGCAGGUUCUGUUAGCUCGCUGUGUUCUGGAGAAGCUGAUCACAGACUGUGAGCCGAUGGUGGAGGUUUUAGAGGUUCCUCAGACUGCCUUUGGACGUGUUAUAGGACGUGGUGGUGAGUAUAUAAAACUAGUUACAAGUGCUACAGGAGCCAGCGUGGUUUGUUCCAGAGAGAAAAGGCCCAACUCUAGAGGAAUGGGCAGUGUUACCAUCAGAGGUACCAGACAGCAAGUGAAGCAGGCUAAGGAGAUGAUUCUAGAAAGAGUCAGAGAUGAUGCAGUGGUGAGGACAAAGAUCUCCCAAUCAUCUGCCCUUCGCAAGAAACGUGGAAAUCCAGUGGUGAUUCCAGAGGCUUGUAGCACAAAGCCUGAAGCUCCUUUUGGUGUGAACAAUAAUGGUCCUGUUUCCGACAAGAACGGAUUUGUACAUUCCAGUGAAGCCACAACUGAAUAUGUCUUUGACAAGAUGAAGGAGCCAAAGGACACUGAUGACCUGGAAGAGAAGAGCGUCUCCACUGAGUCCCUCUCUGAACUCUCUAAGUUUGAAAUACCCAGCCCAGACCUGAGCUUCCAACCUGAUGAACACUUAGAGGUUUAUGUGUCAGCAUCAGAAAACCCAAACCACUUCUGGAUCCAGAUCCUGGGUGUUCGCUCCCUCCAGCUAGACAAACUCACAGAGGAGAUGAACAACUUCUACACAAAUGACAACUCAACGGAGCAGUGCAUGGAGACCAUUGUGGUUGGAGACAUAGUGGCAGCUCCAUAUCGAGACAACAACAGCUGGAACAGGGCCAAGGUGCUGGGAGUCCUGGGCUCUGGACUGGUGGACCUUUACUAUGUGGACUACGGGGACAACGGGGAGCUUUCUAGGGACCGCCUCCGUUCCCUCAGGAGUGACUUCCUCAGCCUACCGUUCCAAGCUAUUGAGUGCAGCUUAGCAGGGGUGAGACCCAAAGUGUCUCUGCUGUCUCCUGAAGGGGACGUUUGGACUGAAGCAGCCCUGGAUGCGUUUGAACAGCUGACCUACUGUGCUAACUGGACCCCUCUUCAGGCCAAACUCUGCAGUUACUCCCACUCAGAUGUCUCGUCUUGGCCCAAUGUCAAGCUGUACGACAACAGCAAAGGAAAGGUUUUGGAUAUUGGUGAGGAGCUCAUUCGACUGGGCCAUGCUGUCAGCAUCCAGGACACUUUGAACGACAAGACAGAGGGGGACAAUCUUGGCUGUCUGCAAAGGAUGUUGGAUGACGUAAUAGGAGCAUCUUCAGAGCUCAGUCUGUCUUGUAUCAGUUUGUCAGAAGCUGCUUCGGUCUCUGGCAGCGUGGAUGAUGGCGUAGAAGAUGAUUUGCUCUGAGACCAAUCCCAUCCAUGGAGGAAAUCCUUCUGAAGAAAUGCACAACCUUCCUACCUGUUGACAGAACGAUGACAUCACUGUUCCUGUGUUCCUGUUUUCUAACUAUGCAGUCAUUUGCUUUGGUUCUGGUGGAAUGAAGAGAAAGAUGCAUGUUUACCUUGGAAGAGCGUUCUUUGAUUUGAUGUUACAUUGACUUAUAAAUAAAUCUUUUUCUUUGAA